AGAACAAAAAAGAUGCUCACCAGCUGUACCGAAAGAAACCAAGUUCAAUCCUCUGGAAAGGAGCUUUCCAUGAGAGGGUGCAGAUGAUGCUAUCCGCUCAAACAUUUGUGGGGAGAGUUCUGGUGAUACUGGUGUUCCUAAUGAGCAUUGGAUCCCUCAUUAUCUACAUUAUCAACUGUGCCUCACCUAUAGAAUACUUCAGCUCGUUCCCAGAUGAAACCCUUCCUGUAGAUAUGGGCUUCAACACCUUCUUCCUCUUCUAUUUUGGAUUACGGUUCUUGGCAGCUGACGACAAGCUGAAAUUCUGGCUGGAGCUGAACUCCAUUGUGGAUUUCUUCACUAUUCCUCCAGUCUGUGCCUCCUAUUAUUUGAAGAGGAACUGGCUUGGUUUUCGAUUUUUGCGAGCGCUCAGGUUGCUAGAACUUCCCAAAAUAUUGCAGUUUCUGAAAAUCACCAAGACCAGUAAUUCAAUCAAGCUGGUCAAACUGUUAGCUGUAUUUCUCAGCACCUGGCUUACAUCUGCAGGGUUUAUUCACCUGGUGGAGAAUUCUGGAGAUCCUUGGAUCAAUUAUGACAAUUCUCAGUUCCUGAGCUAUUUUGAUUGUUUGUACUUGAUAAUGGCGACUAUGUCAACUGUUGGCUAUGGAGAUGUUGUAGCUAAAACUUGCCUUGGUCGUGUUUCCAUGAUUUUCUUCAUCAUUGGCGGGUUGGUCCUGUUUGCAAAUUUCAUCCCUGAAAUUGCGGAUGUUGUUGGAAGCAACAAAAAAUAUGAAGGGUCCUACAAGGUGGUAAAAGGCAGAAAAUAUAUUGUUGUCUGCGGUAAUAUCACUCUGGACAGCGUGACUGCUUUCCUGCGAGACUUCCUGCCCCAGGACACAGGAGAUAUUUGCACUGAGAUACUCUUUCUGGGAGAAUCGCUUCCUAGCCUGGAGCUAGAAGCUGUAUUCAAUUGCUAUUCACCCUACACCACUUUCUUCCAUGGUUCUGCACUGAACGAUGAAGAUCUGAAGCGAGUUCAGAUGGGAUCUGCAAAUGCAUGUCUGAUCCUUGCAGACAUUUGUUCUUCAGAACCUUACACUGAAGACACUUCCAGUAUUAUGAGGGUGCUCUCUAUCAAGAAUCACUAUCCAAACACCAGAGUCAUCAUACAGAUAAUCCAGUCACAUAACAAGGCAUACCUACCGAACAUCCCCAACUGGGACUGGAGAAUAGGGGACAGCAUCAUCUGUUUUGCAGAACUAAAACUUGGAUUUAUAGCACAAAGUUGCUUGGUUCCAGGCCUGUCCACCCUCCUAACCAGUCUGUUUGUGAGGACAGAGAGUGCUAAGGUAAAGAGAAAAAGCAUGCGGCACAGAAAUGUUUUGAAAGGCAGUGCCUAUCAAGUGAUGACUUACAAGCUCUCCAAUGAUUUUGUAGGCAUGUCUUUUCCAGAGGUUUGCCGGUUGUGCUUUGUGAAGCUGAACCUUGUGCUGUUUGCUGUUGAGUUCAGGUUUGGCGUUCAUGGGAACAGUAUCCUAAUCAACCCGUCUGCAAAGAUAAUCCUCCAUCGAAAUGUAAUGGGCUUUUUUAUUGCCAAAUCCAUGGCAGAAGUCAAAAGGGCACAUUUUUACUGUAAAGCCUGCCAUAGUGAUAUUGAUAAUCCAAAGCUGAUUGAAAAAUGUCACUGUAGAAGCAAACUUCGGAAGAGAAGCAUUGGAGAAAAGCUGAAAGCCCGCCGAGAAACUCUGUGCGUUCCAGACCAGGACCCAGUAAAGUCAAGGUCUCUUGGGGUUCUUCCUCCUUCGAGUUAUGCUGCCAGUGCUUCAGAUGUCAUGGGGGACAAGAACAGUGAUGCCAUGCUUGAUUCAACAGGAAUGUUCCAUUGGUGCCGUGCUGUGUCAUUGGAAAAAGCCAUCCUGAAUCCAAAGAAGGAAGCCACCUCAGACCUGCAUGAUCACAUUGUGGUAUGUGUCUUUGGGGAUGCCAGCACAACACUCAUUGGUUUGCGGGACUUUGUGAUGCCUUUACGAGCUAGCAACUUCACUUACGAGGAGCUGAGAGACAUCGUCUUUGUCGGGUCUCUGGAGUACCUGAAAAGAGAAUGGGGAUUUAUCCAGAAUUUCCCAAAGCUGUGGUUGUUCCAGGGUAGUGCUCUUUCCUGUGCUGACCUGAAGGCUGUUAACAUAAGACACUGCGCCAUGUGUGCUAUCCUGUCCUAUAACUCCAAGUCAUCCACUAGUCCAAUCCUGGUGGACACAGAAAGCAUCCUGGCCACACUUAACAUCCGAGCCAUGCAGUUUAAGUACAGCACAGUCUCUGAAGAGGCAGUUGGCAGAGUGAGAACAUUGGAGAAUCAAUCAGCGCUGUAUUAUAAAAGGAUCCCCAUCAUCACAGAGCUGAAAUCCACGUCAAAUGCCCACUUUAUUGAUCAGAGUGCUGGAAGCAGCGGGUCUCAGAUCCCAGAGCAGGAGCUGCAUCUCUCCACCCCUUUUUCCAGUGGAGCUAUCUUCUCAGAUAGUUUUUUGGAUUCUCUUCUGUCCACUACCUACUGUAACCACCAUGUCUUAGCUUUGCUCCAGACCCUGGUGACAGGUGGGACAAGCCCAGAGCUGGAGGAGCAGCUUGCAGAGAAGAAUGAACUGAGUGCCAGUGACAACAGCAUAUCAUAUGUCGCACCUAGGGUGAGGUGCAAGCUGGCUCUUUUGCCACUGUGGAAGGGACUUGCAGCAGUUUCCCCGGAGGGCUGUUUUGGAGAUGUUUUCUGCAAAGCAUUAGACUUGUUUGGAAUCCUUUGCUUUGGCCUCUACCGUCUCAUAGAAGAGCCUAAUCCGUACAAGAACAGGGGAGUAUAGUGUGUGAUUGCUCGGCCUCCGAACAAUUUCAAGAUGUUGCCUACAGAUCUGCUCUUUUGUGUUGUCCCCUUCAACAUCUCAACAACCAGUUGCCUGUCUGACUGGACAGAGGGUCUGCCCCCAAGCAAGCAGCCAAGCCCAACGGACUACUCCAAGGCUGACAUGGAAGUGAAUGCAUGAGCUUUCUCUACAAAUAAAGCAGAAUGUGUUGGUUACUAGGACUCCAGAAUGAUGCUUCCUGGUAGCUAUUUCUUAUGGAUGUAAGAGGCAAUUUGCAAUAUAUAAAUAUUGACACAAGCCAGCUACAUAGGCACAAAGUCUGAGAUUCUCAAGGGACUUCGGGGGACUUAGGCAUACACAGCUCACUCUAACUCCUUUGUCACUGUCCCCCUGGCUUCUCAUGUGCCUUUAAAAAUAUCUCACCAAUAUUAUUGUCUUGCAAGUGACAAGUGGACAGAUGCUUCCCUGUAGUUAUCGGGGCACUCGUGGUAUCACAGAAAAGCUAAGGCAGGUGAGAGUUUCCAUCCCUAGCCAGAGCUAAGGACACAGAAGAAAUCCAGGAAAGUACUAAUGUCUGUCCCCACUGUGUAAGAUGGGUGUGAAGAUCUGGACCUGUAAGUCAGUGGUAAAACUCUCUUUGAUAUCAGUGAUACAGGAUUGGACCCAGAGGGACUGAUGCACUAGUAAUUGCAGAGAAAAAAUUGGGAAGGGGAUGGGGACUUUAAAUCAAAACAUUCCCAACUUAUUUCAAAAUCUAAACCUUCAGAACAUGAUUUUUUUUUUUUAAAUUGUAUGUUAACAAUUAAACCUGGCAAGCAGCUCUACAGUUAAAUGUUUGGAGGGAAUUUUGCCUUCUCUUUUUUAGGGGGAUGAGAGAGGGAUGUCUUACAAUUGAAAAAUUACUGAAAUUUCAAGGCUUGAAAGCAUUGUUGACUAACUCUAUUGACAACACCCCCUACCAUGGCUAGAAGAAAGUCUGCUCUGUGCUUGGAAGGUUUCCAGCUCUCAGCUGAGCAAUGUGUGGAAUUAACUAUAUCCUAUUUUAUUAUAAACACGCAAACUUUAAUAGAUCUAAGGAAAUGAGUGCUUCUUUACUAUGCAGAAGAAGAAAGAACGAUGCAGUUCAAAGACUGGCACACUAAGCUGUGCGUUUCUUGCGAGCACAACGGAAGACAUUGGUAUGCUACAUAAAAACCCAAAAUGAACUUGCACCAUAAAUCAGGCCCUGUCCUUACACUGCAAACAUUACAAAGUCAGUAGAGGAAAGGAGGAGGAAGGUUUUCUUUCUUUUUUUUUUUUUUUCCCCCCUCCUUCUUCCCCUAACACUAAUUAGGUUUGAAAGACUGCAGCUUGAGUCCAGCCACCGCAUGCCGAGAAGAAAGGAACCCGAACAGCUGACGCAGAGUUCAGACUAAACUAACUGCAAGCUCCCUAGGGACAUCACAAGGGAUGGUGAGAGCCUCAGGAACUUCCCAUGGAGAUGAGCCACUUCACAGCAGGUAUGAAGAGCCAUCUUCUGAUAUGACCAAGCAGCUCUUCACCCCUCUGAAUGCACUUGGACUGCAAUCGUAUAUGGCAGCAGGAGCAGCUCUUUUGAACGCACACAAGCUCUUCCACCCAGAACACAUGUCUGGCCUGAGAGCUGCAAGAGAUUUUAGUCUCCCCAGACAGAAAACAGCUUUGGGGGUGCAAGGUGGUGAGGAGGUG